GUUCGAUAUUGUACCUUUGAAAUUGCCGGUGGCAGUUUCACUUUCAAAGUACAACCUUCAAACCGCUUUGUAUUUUCUUCCGUCGAUCCCCGGUCUCUGUUUUGCUCGCAGAUUUCACCAUCAGCUUUUUCUCUUCCCCAGAUCUCUUACAUCAUCGAAACCAUAGUCCCAGAUGCUAUAAUCAGUUACUUUGUAAAUCUGAGGAAGAUAGAAAGUAAAAAUGGUGAAGCUGACAAUGAUUGCCCGAGUUACCGAUGGGCUUCCACUAGCUGAGGGAUUGGAUGAUGGCCGUGAUGUGAAAGACAUUGAAAUGUACAAACAACAAGCAAAGGCUCUAUUUAAGAAUCUUGCUAUGCGUCAAAAUGAGCCUUCGAGGAUGUCCAUUGAAACUGGUCCUUAUGUCUUCCAUUAUAUUAUUGAAGGACAUGUUUGUUACCUCACAAUGUGUGACCGUUCGUAUCCUAAGAAGCUAGCCUUUCAGUACUUGGAAGACCUGAAAAAUGAAUUUGAGCGUGUUAAUGGGGCUCAGAUUGAAACUGCUGCUAGACCAUACGCCUUCAUCAAAUUUGAUACUUUCAUACAGAAAACAAAGAAAUUGUACCAAGACACCCGUACUCAGCGGAAUAUUGCAAAGUUGAAUGAUGAACUCUAUGAAGUUCACCAAAUAAUGACUCGUAAUGUGCAGGAAGUACUUGGUGUUGGUGAAAAACUAGACCAGGUCAGCGAAAUGUCCAGUCGGUUAACAUCAGAAUCUCGCAUAUAUGCUGACAAGGCAAGAGAUUUGAAUAGGCAGGCCUUAAUUAGGAAGUGGGCUCCUGUUGCCAUCGUGUUAGGAGUUGUUUUCCUCCUUUUCUGGAUUAAAACGAAAAUCUGGUGAUCCUUUGCCUUCUUUGGCUUCUGAGAAUUGUUGCAUCAUUUUCCUGGGUUUCUCUAUAUUGCUGUCAGUUACUUGUGUUCAUGGUGAAUCAUCUGAACUUGGGGGACUUCUGAAUGGGAACUAGAUGCAUGUGAAGACUUAAAUCAUGUUUCAAGCUGGACUGUAGUUUUUAUUCAUGGGACACUCUGGUUAAAAGGAUUUGUUCUUUAAGGAGCUCCCAACGACCAUUUGGAGAUAUGAAAGAGAGAGACCCUUUGAUUUACAAGUUAAGGAGCAAAAAUACAUUGAAUACGAGAAAAUUUCUAUAUUCUCAAUACUUUAUAGAGGCUAUAUAUUGAUCUACAUGAUUAUGGCAUGGCCAUCAGUAUGUGAUCUGCAAUUACACACUUUCUACAAAUUUUAAAUUACCUUAUGAUUUAUGUGUUCCUUGUGUCUUUUAUUUAUUAUUUGUUGGUAGUACUCUAUCAGCAAAUAAUUUUCCUUUUAAGUUUUUGGGUGCUGUAAUGCGUUUGACAUGCAUUAAUUUUUAUCAUGAGCUCUGCAGCCAUGAAAUGUACCAUGUUUCUCAUAGCAGAAAAGGGCAGCUCUGUGUGCUGCUGAACCUGAAAAGAUCGUCACUGAAUAGCCUAGUAAUAUAUUGUUUAUGAGAGUUAUAUCA